UCCUGCUCCAGGCCCCAACUCUACGAGCUCAUCUCAUGGCCCGCACCGCCGCCCUCCGCGCCCCCAGCGCCCCCCGGCUCCUGUGCGUUGCGCUGCUGCUGCUGCUCCUGGAAGCCGCCAGCCGGCCCGCGGCAGCUGCUCCCGCGGUCUCGGAGCUGCGCUGCCAGUGCUUGAAGACCGUGCAGGGCAUCCACCUCAAGAACAUCCAGAAUGUGCAGGUGACGCCCGCAGGACCUCACUGCACCCAAACCGAAGUCUUAGCCACCCUCAAGAAUGGACAGCAAGCUUGUCUCAACCCUGCGGCCCCCAUGGUUAAGAAACUCAUUGAAAAGAUGCUAAAAAAGGGCAGUGCUAACUGACUUGGAAUGAAGCAUGCUCUUUGAUGUCUGUUUCUGAAGAAAGAUUUGGACUUUAGAAGGAGCUGAAUUAAACUGAUGAAGGGAACAGAUGAUCCAUUGGACACUUAGAACAUGUUUACUGUGUUUGAUUGUUGUUUUUUUUUAAAUAAUGAGAGGUCUAUUUAUUUAUGUAUAUAUUUAUUUUUUCAAAACUUGUAUUUUUCAAGGUAUUAUUUAAAGAUGUGAAUGUCUAUCAUCAUAUGUAGAUACUUCUGAUUGUUAUUUAAUUUGCAGAGGAUGGAUUUUAAAAGUCUCAUUAAGCAAUUGUUGGUAGACUUGCCAGGGACUGUGAUAGAGCUGGAGGGGGUGGAUGGAUAAAGGGCCCCAAGCAAUUUGACAGUGAGAGCACUCUUCCAGUUGGGGAAAGUAUGUGCAUGUCUACUUUUGUCCUUGUUUAGAAUACUGAUGUUAUUUAUUGUUAUUAUUUCAGAUUAUAUAGUCAACAUGUUAUGUUGAGGCUUCCCUUGGACAUUUUAUGUCUUUCUUGUAGGGCAUAAUGCCUUGAUUAUUACUCUUUAUGCAGUGUUUCUCUUUGUUUUGUAACAGAGGGGUUAUAAACUAUUAUGUUUUUAUAAAUAACAUGUGAAUAAAAGAUUUGAAAAAAAUCA